UCGAAUCCACUUAAACAGGUUGUGUGUGUUUGUGCUAAAAAUUAACAUUUUAAUUUCAAAGUACCGUGAUUUCUGUAUAGUGAUGCGAUCUAUUUUCAAAAACCAGUUUUCAUUUGUGGCAUCAUACUAUUCUAAUUACGUUUUUGAAGCUGGCUAAUUUAAACUGGCGUUAAACUAAGAACUAAUAAGUGUUUGUUUUCCUGGAUCCUUGGUUUUGAAUUUAUCCUUGAGAUAAUUCUGUGCAGUCAGUAACUAACCUUAAUGUUGAGGUAAACGUUAUAGUCUUGCAAAUAUGACUCAUUUUUGUGUGGUUCAUCUUAAGUAGUGUAUUGUCGUUGUUGUAAAUAAGUGCAUAAUAAAAUUAUAGUUAUUCUGAACCGGGCAUAUAUGUUUAUGUGAAUGUGAACUUUUAUAAAAUGGAUUUAACUCUAUCAGACGCCGAUGCUGAAGCUGGUAUGCACGAGGUGGAUUGCGUUCCCCUGCUACCACUGAGUGACACAGUUCGAGAUCGUUUUCUACCGAAACAGCACAGCACGCAGUCUCUCAAAGCACCGUCGAGUUUCUACGGAAUAGACAAUACAAGACGCACAAGUGACGCAACAGAAGUUUACCAGAGUCAAAGAAAAUAUGCAUCGGAAACCUCGAUUCGACCGCGCUUCAACACAGUCAACGAUAUCUAUACGGAUGAGAUCCGCAGGCUUCGACAGCGGUUAGAUACAAGGCUACAUGAAGCUGUUAUAGAUGAAGACAUAUCGGAAAUCGAGCGUCUGAUUGGGAAUGGAGCUUCGCCUGCCGCGCUCGACCACUCUGGUUUGACUCCUCUACAUUUGUGUAUACUUCAUAAACUAAUCAAACCAUACGAGGCUCUGUUAAAACACAAAGAUGGCGCUAACGUUAGGGACGCACGAGGUCUAUCAGUGCUGCAUGUGGCAGUCUUGCACCGCUGGUUGCCAGGCGUGGACGCUGCCCUAGCGUCUGGUGCUGAUGUUACAGCACUAUGUGAUGCCAGCAAACCUUUGUUAUCCCGCUCGCUCAACUGCGAGAGAUACCAGCAUGUUUCUUAUGAAGACUUCGUUAAUGCAUUUGUACAAACACCGAUCCAGUUAGCAACAAAAGUUGGGGAUUUAGCUAUGUUGCUGAAACUUUUAGAUGUUGCUGGACAAAUGGGAGUAAUAAAUUGUCGAAACAAAAAAGGCCAAACGCCCCUUUAUACGGCAAUUAUGAACGGUAACUUAGAUGCUGUGGAGAUUCUUAUCAAAAAGGGAGCAUGCGUAGACAUUGUCUCAAGAAGAGGAGAAUCAGCUUUGCAUAUUGCUGUACGUAAACCCGUUAUUUUAAAAUAUUUGCUGGAUAACACAAAUUGUCCAAGCUCCUUCAGCGAAUACGGUUACGCCCCAAUUCAUAAAGCUGCAUAUUGUAACAAACCAGAAUCAGUGAAAUUACUUCUGAACAAGUUUAAUAAUAUUGAGUUAAAAACAGUAUCCUUGAAAAAUAAUGUUAGGGAGGACAAAUCAGGUGGCUCUACGGCAUUGCACAUGGCUGCAAAAUAUUUCAGCAACGAAACAGGCGAAGUUUUACUGGAAAUGGGUGCUAAUCCUAAUGAAGUUGAUGAUCUUGGAAAUACUCCUCUACAUGUAGCGGCUAAAACUAUGAACAAGACUAUGUCCGAAAUACUCCUGCGCAAUGGAGCAGUACUAUCAGCUAAAGACCAAGAAGGAAAUUCUGCAUUACGUAUAAUAGCUACUAAAUUUCAUGAUGCCCUAAACUUUUUUGAACAAGUGUUUGAUGAAUUCGUAUGUACUAAGGGGCUAUAUCCUAUGGGGACAACUGUAGUUUGUGUAAACUAUGAAGUGCUUUCGAGAAACAGUGAUUCAAGACAGAUAAAAGCUAUAGAAGAAUUUGUGAGCUGUGGUCUACGAAAAAUACUUUUGCAUCCAUUUAUUGAAAGCCUAUUGUAUUUGAAGUGGAGACAACUUUUGCCUAUAUUUUAUGUGUUGAUGACGGCGUAUGCAUUAUUUCUGGUUUCGUUUAAUAUUUUCGUUGUUAACGUGUUUUAUUGUAAGGACAAUAUGAUUCAUGUCAAUAUGACUGAAUCUCAUUCGAAUAGAACAAAAAAUUCAGCUGAGUUACCUUGGUUCGAAAUGUUUGACAAAUGGUACAACCUGCUAUUAGGACUGAUAUACGUUUCAAUUGGUAUACAAGGUUUACAGGAAUCCUUCUACAUUUAUUUGAAAAGGCUACACUACUUUGAUAGUCUGGAGUCAUGGGUGAAACUGAUUGGUCUUAUUCUGGCCGCCGUUCUUCCGCUAACAGUGCAUUUUGUGGAGAUGGCAGCCUGGCAACGUCAUGUUGCCUGUGCCGCACUGUUGCUGGUCUGGCUUCAAGCAAUGUUCUUGCUGUCCCGAUUCCCAGGGUGGGGAUAUUACGUUCUCAUGUUCGGAAAGGUCGCAAUCAAUAUGUUCAAGGUUUUCAUCACAUCCAUAUGUUUAGUUCUUGGAUUUGCUUUUUGUUUCAUGAUACAAUUUCAAUCUGAACCACCUUUCGAUGGGCCGAUAUCUGCAGUCGUCAAAACACUUAUUAUGAUGUCCUCCGAAUUUGACUAUGAAGACCUAUUUGGGCAAGCCCAUGAUAAACAACUUAAGCACUCCAGAACAAUUGUCCGUUUGCUCUUUUUGGUAUUUGUCAUUUUUGUAGCAAUAGUUCUAGUGAACUUUAUGAUAGCUGUCGCCGUAAGUGAUAUCAACAAUCUGAACAUAGCAGGAAAUAUUAGUAGGCUCGAGAAACAAGUAGAUUUACUUAGUUCUUUAGACGUUUUUGUUAACUGUGGACCAUUAUCCAGAAUGUUUAAAAAUAAAUACGGCGGUAAAAGAUAUCAUAAAAAGAUGUAUAAUUCAAUUAAAGCAAAUAGGACAUGGUUUGUGGAGUGUUCAUCUUCAGUGGAAAUGUAUCCUCAGAUUCUUCCUUCAGCACUAUACAAAGCUAUUAUAGACAUAGCAAGAAAGAAAGAUGAACGUUUCAUGAACACUAAUGUAAAAAAUGCCUCUACAACUAAACUUGAUGCUUUAUAUGACGCUAUCAUAGGCAAUGGAUUUGGAAUUGAUGUUAAUGAUAAAGAGAAAGAAGCAAAAACGUAUUGGCUGAGGGAGACGAUAAUAAAACAAAACGAAAAGAUAAGCCAAUUACAGUGUGACGUCCUUGCUAUAAAAGAAAUGUUAGAAGAUACAAAACUCACCAAAACUGCAGGUGAACGAAUUAGCUUGUGAUUAUAAGUCAAAGGGCAAAGAUAAAGCUAGUGGAUAUUUUUUUGAAGGGAAUCAUAAAACAAGGAACUAUGUAACUGAGACUGAUACAAGCUCAAGGAUACUAUUCAAGAAUUUUAGGCUUGCACAAUCAAUUUGAGAAGACUUUUUAUUUUCAGAGAUUGCUCAUUUAAUGACACGAUACGAAAAGAUAAAAGAGCAAAACGCCGUAAAUAAAAGUAAGGAUAUUUCCGCUCGAGCAAAUGGAUUCUCGCAUCAAGUAUUAGAACAAAAUGUCGCGUUGUAUAAAAUACGUCGCAGCGCCGGUUUAUUGACUUGCAUUCUGCUCUGUCCCGGUGCCUCGCUGCAGGAGAACACAGUAUGUGUUAUUAAAACAGUGGUGCAAUCAUAUUUUGUCCAGUAGCCGUAUCAUGGAUGGUCGUGCGUUUGUCUCUAAAGUGAUGACUACAUAUCACUUUCGAGAUCGCAAUAAUGCAUUUAAUUUUGGCGCGAAUAUAAGAAUGGACUUGCGCGUAAGAACGAAAAUUAUACUGGACUGUUUAAUAAGUAGUCAACAUAGCAGAUUGAAGAUUAUAUUAAUGAUAAGUGAAUAUUGUGAUUUUUUGGCUACAUUAGUAAUCUCUUUAUUUUACAAUAUUGUAUAGGUAGGUUCAUAAGUAAAGUUAACGAAAUAAUAGUUUGCAUUUAUAUUUCUUAAUUGUGAUGUACAUAAUAUUUUUAAUUACUUUAUGUUUUGAAGACCUUCUCAUAGAAUUCUUAAGUUUAAGUCUGCUGUUUUGUAUAUAAUUAUAUUAAUUAACUUAAUAGGCAUUAAAUCAGUUGUAAUAAUUUUUGUUGUUCAAUUCUGCACGGUGUAUUUUGUGCCCAUAACCCU